AUGCCGCUAGCUAAAAGAGCUCCAAAGCUCUGCAUGGCGCGUGAACCGCCUAUCUGCACGCAAAGCGUCGUUCACUGGCAUUAAGAGGCAGCCGCCAAGCUUUGCUAGGGCUUGGCGCAGCGCUCACGCCGUCGUCGCAGCCCUCCUGGCACACAAGGCAGCCGCGUAGCCGGAUACCGUACGCCGCCGCGGCCUCCCGCCACGAUGGCGAGCGAUGGCAUCUGGGUCCCCGAUCCUGAUGCGGAGGACAAGUACCCGCCGCCCAAAAAAGGCAUGAAUAGGAUGACCCUGAAAUUGAUCCGAAAGCGCGCCGAGCACAACGAAGGGAUUAUAUCUACCCUUGAGGAGCUCACGUUGCACCAGGAGGAGUUGGUGGCCAUCGAGCCGUGUCUCGGGACGACGUGCCGGAAGCUCAAAAUCCUCUACCUGCAAAACAACAUCAUUUCGAAGAUCCAACACUUGCAUCAUUUAAAAGAUCUGGAGUACUUGAACAUGGCCCUGAACAACGUCUCGAAAAUCGAAGGCUUAGAUAAGUGCGAGUUCCUCAACAAGUUAGAUUUAACCGUGAAUUUCGUCGAUGUUGAUGAAUUGGAGUCCAGUAUGGACCACCUCGCAGACAGAGAACACUUGAAAGACCUCUACAUGAUGGGCAACCCUUGUGAGGCGAACUGGCCGGGCUUCAAGAACUAUGUGAUUGCGCGCUUGCCGCAGUUGCAAUUCCUCGAUGGGGAGGCAAUAACACGGUCAAUGCAGAUCAUCGCGAAGCAGCAGCUGCCGAAGCUCGCCGUCGAGCUGCGGUCACUAGCCCAGGAGAAGCGCGACGAGAAGGCUCAGAAAGAGUUUGUCGAUUAUCGGGAUAUUGAUACGGACGAAAAAGCCCCCUAUACGCCGGAGGUACGGUAUGCGGCGUCCUUCGACGCGUCGCGGCGGCGACUCGCGAUACCCACGCAGGUGCGCCUGAAGAUGUACGAGGAGCUCGCCGAGGAGAAGGCUGAGAAGGAGAACCGCGAGCUGCGACGCCAGCCCCGGGAGCGCGACCACGCCGGCGAGCAGCGCAAAAAAGUCGAGAGAGUAAGGCAACGGGAGGAGGAAGGGAAAAUCCUGCAGUGCAACGAGGGCAAGUGGGAGUUUCAUUUCGACGAGGAGUCCGUCAAAGGUAGUAUUAUUCUGGACUUACAUGUGUCGCGUCACUUAGAUUCAUCAUUGAUAGACCUCGACAUCCACCCUGCGUAUGUGUCGGUCGUGAUCAAGUCCAAGGUCUUGAGACUGAAAUUACCGUCCGAGGUGAACGCGUCGCUGUCGACGGCCAAGAGAUCUAAGGUUACCGGUCACCUACUUAUCGAGAUGCCCAAAAUAAAUGAGAACGCGCCGACCUUGUUCGGGAAGAGCAAAGCGCGUGCCGAGAAGGAGGAGCGCCUGCAACGCCUGAACGGCGAACGGAAACCGGGCCUGGGGGCGCCGACAAAGAAGCAGAGCGUCGGCGUCCACGCGAAGCCGUUGGACAACCGGCGGCCCGCUUUGUCCGCGUCGAUGGCCGACCUCAUGGUCAAGGACUCGUCGUCGCGACGGAAGAAGGAUGGCAUGGCCGCCGUGUCGACGCGGCGCGUCGACGACCCGCCGCCGCCCCCAGCCGUUGUUGCCGCGGCCGACGACGACGACGAGCCGCCGCCGCCGUGCUAGAUUUUGUAAUUUUGAGUCCUAGUAA